AUGAUUAGCGACUGGAAGAAUGUGGCAAAAAAGGGCAAGUCCAAGUACUCAGCGAUACGUAGACUUCUGCUAAAGACCAGGUUGCUGAAAAAGGCAGAAAACUUGCUGGUAAAAGAAAAAGAGCAGAAAAAGCUGGAAAGAGAAAAUGCCCUGCGGGAAAGUGCACCACCCCUCAAACUCACAGGCCUUUCUGUUCAUGAACUGCAGGAGCUUUGCAAAGAUUUGCACCAGAAGAUUGACAUUGUCGAUGAAGCCCGGUAUGACCUUAAUGUAAAAGUCACCAAAAAUGAUGCAGAGAUUAUGUCACUAACCCAAAAGGUCUAUGAACUAAAGGGGAAAAUGAAACGGCCAAACCUGAAGAGGGUGAAGAAGUCUACAGAUGCUGUUCUGGGAUCGCUCACGGACACUAGACACAUAAAAGCUGACUUCAAAGCAAACCUCAAAACAGUUAAAAAAGAAGAGGAAAAGAAAGAGGAGGUACAAGACUGGAGGAAAAACGUGGAGGCCAUGUCCGGUAUGGAGGGCAGGAAGAAGUUAUUUGAUGCCGGGCAAUAAACCAACACCAACUCCACGACUGCGAAAUAUUUCCAUCCAAAAAAAAGCAAUUUGAAGGAUAAAGGGUCAUCUUGAUAUAAACCUUAUCAUCUUGUUUGUUUGAAUUGUAGUCACCCUAAACAUUAUAUGGUAAAUUAUUCAUUUAUUUUGUCAGUCAGCUGUGACUUGCGUGCAAUAUUAAUUUGUGAUGUACUGCGAUAAACAUGUGUGAGCGCUGUCCGUGGAGAGGGAUUAUAAUAGAUAAUAGAACAACCUAAUAUUCAUAUCAUAUCAUAUCAGCUGUGUAAAUAUUUGCUUCAUAUUCUGCGUUGAUUGAAAUGAAUAAGGUUAUACCCUUGGGUGAAGAGCAUGCUUAUUUUAUUACCUAUUUGUAGUUUGCAAACAGAACAUUGUUUAAUUUUUAAUAAAACUGCUUUGGGUGACGUUUGAAACCUUCAUGAAAAGUGUUUAAACGUUUGAUUGAAGUAUGCUUUAAUGUCAAUCUGUUAAUAGCAGUUCUUGUUUUUGACAUACAGGUGGCGCUCUGCAUUUCUGUAUUAACUUAACUGACCCUCAAUCAGCAGCAGGGGGCGAGAGAGUAACAAAAAACGCACUAAAAUCUCAGCAGAGCUGUACAUUGAGGGCAUUUGAAUACAUUACUCACAUUAUCUAUGCAAGAACAGAAUAUUGCUCAAGAAUGUUGCUUUAUGGGUACAGAGAGAAAUUCGUAUAUUUUCUUAGUUUCCAUCUAAAAUUUGACAUUCUGUCUGUGGACUGAUGUAGUGAUGUUUAGAAAAGGAAGUACAGGGAGGUAAGAGGAAGGAAUUUGGGUGGCACUGUAUCCUCUAUUGCCAGACAGAUGGCAAACUGGCACAGAUAUGUCAUCGAGAUCUGAGUCGGCACAUCCACUUCAACACAGAUCAUUUGAGACUGUUUAAAUGUGGUGUGUAAUUUUUUUUAAUGUUAAUUCACCUGAACUAGGCCAGUUUAUCAAUUAUGUGUGGCUUUUGGUAUUAUUUUAACAGAUAUAUAAAGAGAGAGAUUCUUUAGGUCUCUUGUUACUAUCCUAUUAAUGCAGGUUUCUCAUUUAAUGAUUAGCAGAUGGAUUUGGUUUAGUUUGGACACAGAUGUUAGACUAGUCCUGUAUUAGCCGGGACAUCCUGUAUUUUAGAAAUUAUGAUGUCCUCAUUGUCCCAUAUUUAAGUGGCUGACUGUUAUGUGACAUUACAUCCUUGAAGAACUAAAAAGCCCUUUUGCACUCAUAUGCAAAUGACAUACAGUAUUAGCACAUUGGGGCUGUCCUGCAGUGGUCUGUUAAGUUAAACACUUCAUAGGUAGACUAGUUAAAACAAGUUCACAUACUCCCAUAGCGUGAGACAAUCUUGUGAUAUUGCCAUUCUAAGAGCACUGAGAAAGUUAGGAAAUUAUCUAAUAUUUCCAUUAUUUUCAUACGUGAGAUUAUCUGAGGCCUUUUCCUGAUAUAGUUGCUAUAAAUCAAAGCAUAUUAGAAAAGUAAACAUCUGAAAUUCUGCUGCAAAUAUAGUCCAGACCAAGCCCUUAGAUAAAGAGACUAAAAAUGCCUGGCAGGCUCGCCUUUGUAACCAAAUUACAAGCAAAGCAAUCAGCAUUUGACUGCUCCCGGUUUCUAAUUCGUGGGAAAGAGUUUGCUCGUACUUUGAGGUGAAACACUUGAGCACUUUUGUUUCAACAAAGUCAUGCACACAAAACAAAUAAAUCCUCGUUUUCCUUC